AAAGAGACUAUAUUUUUUGUUCACUGCUGUGUGCCCUGUGCUGAGUAAGGUGCCUGGCCCACCCUUGCUAUUCAGUAGCUGUCUAUUGAUUGGAUGGAUGCAUGGAUGGGUGGAUAAAUAGGUGGAGGAUGACAUGGUACCAGGGCACUUAGUAAGCACUUACUAAGUAAAAGCGAUUAUGUUCUCCUACUUCUAGUUAGAACUCUUCUGUAGCAAGUUCCAAUAUAAACCGGCUUAAAGAAAACAGGCUUUUAUCAGCUUAGGUAAUAAAAGUCCAGGGAAGUCUGGAUGCAGGGGCUCAGAUGAUGCUAUUAGAGCUCACUUCUCAGACAGGCCCACUCCACGUGGCAGUCAUGAAGGGCACAAGCAGCUAAGCUUCACUUUCUGUCAGCAUAGUAGUGGUGUUUCCUAUUGAGAGCUUCUUACCCUAGAACUGUAGCUGAAAAAUCCAAGGGAAGGCUCUGAUUGGCUUGGCUUUGGUCAUGUGCUCAUAUCAGAACCAAUCACAGAGCUAACAAGACAGAGGACUCCAGUUGGCCCAAACUAGGUCAUAGGUUCAGCCCUUUGGCAGAAAGGUGGCGAGCCUGAAGGGUCAGGGCCACCUACACUUGGGAAUUGGGUCUUGGAGGAAAGAGAGCCCCGCUGACAGAAGAAGGAUGCACAGACACACACUCUCACUCCCUUAGAUAACAAUAACUGUUGCUACUGUAGCUCCCCAUCCCUCACCCUCACCAGGGGCUCUCCAUGGGGAUGGGUCACCUGGCUUUCCCCUGGGGGGGACCUUGCAGUGACCGCUGUGCCCGCCUUUCCCAACAGUGAGCAGAACUCCUCUGUCUGUGUAGGAGGCAAAGGGCCUCAGGCUCAGAGGUGGUUCGUCAAAGGCCCAGACCCUGGCAGGGGUUCUGCAGAGAUCAUGUUUCUGGGAUAUGAUAGGUGAGUCUAUUCUUCAGUUUUUGUUUUUAAUAACACUUCUCAUUUUCUUCACUAUGAUAGUAAUAAAUAUUUAUUUUAGAAAGUAUAGAAAAGCAAAGAAAAUAGGUCAUCUGUAAUCCUGCACAGAGGUGAUGAUUGCUUCUUGGCUUUUCAGGGUGUUUUUAAUUUUUUUUCUUAGUAUCCAGUAAUUUAUAUGUAUGUUCCUUUUCAAAAUGUGAAAACUACAGAAAUUAAAGAAAACAAUACUGCUGUUUAUUGAUGGUUUACCUCAUAAUCUUACUACUAAGAGGAAAUGAUGGAAACAUUGUGGUGCAUUUCCUUCCAGUUGGCCUUUGUUGGUUGAUUUUUCUUUUCUUUUUCUUCUUCUUUUUUUUUUUCUUCUUUUUUAAAUGUCAUUUAUUCGUGAAUUUAUGCUGUGAUUCUUUGGUGAGUGUUCCCAAUGUGCCUGGGACUGAGCUGUGAGCUUUACAUGGAGCAUCUCGUUCAGUCCUCCUGAUAACCUUCUGGGGGGAUGUCUCACUCCAUUCCAUUCUGGCUGCUGUAACAGAAAUACCGUAGAAUGGGCUAGGUAGCUUCAAAACAACAGAAAUUUAUUUCUCAUCGUUCUGGCAACUGAGAAAGAAGUCCAAGAUCAAGGUGCCAGCAGAUUCAGUGUCUGGUGAAGAUCCACUUCCUGGUUCAUAGAUGACCGUCUUUCUGCUGUCUCUUCACAUGGCAGAAGGGACCGGGCAGCCCUCUGGUGUCUCUUUUAUAAUCAGGGCACUAAUCCCAUCCUAAGGGCUCCACACUCAUGACAUCCCAAAGGCUCCACUAAUAUCACAUUAGGAUUAGGUUUCAACGUACUAAUUUUGGGGAGAACACAAGUGUUUAGUCUGUAGCAGGAGGCAACGCUUUUAUCCCCAGUAUAGGUUAGAGAUAGAGAAACUGACAGUGUCACUUACCCGAGGUCACCUAGAUGGUAGGUGGGGGAGCCAGGAUUCAUACCCAGGAAGUCUGGCUCCAAAGUUGGGGUCACAACACACACACUUUAAAUUCUCAUGGAUGGGACCAUGGUUGUAUAUCCCCUCUGUGAUGCCUGAGCAUCUUUUAAAACACAUUAGUAACAUUUUCUAAAGCUAAUUACAAGUGUUCAUUGUCGGAAAUUUUGAAAAUAUAGAAAAGCUCAAAAAGGAAAAUAACCCCCCCCCCACAACCCCACCAGCCACUGCUAGCCAGCCAUAUAACUUUGUACGUUUCUUUUUUCCAACUACACAUAGUCAAGUUCACUGUUUUUGGUGUACAGUUCUAUGAGUUUUUGUUUUUUAAGUAUAUAUUUUUAAAUUAAUUAAUUUUAUUUUUGGCUGCGUUGGGUCUUCAUUGCUGUGCGCGGGCUUUCUCUAGUCGCGGAGAGCGGGGGAGAGCGGGGGUUACUCUUCGUUGCGGUGCGCGGGCCUCUCACUGCGGUGGCUUCUCUUGUUGCAGAGCACGGGCUCUAGGCACGCGAGCUCAGUAGUUGUGGCUUGUGGGCUUCAGUAGUUGUGGCUCGCGGGCUCAGUAGUUGUGGCACACGGGCUUAGUUGCUCCGCGGCAUGUGGGAUCUUCCCGGACCAGGGCCCGAACCCGUGUCCCCUGCGUUGGCAGACAGAUUCCCAACCACUGUGCAGCCAGUGAAGUCCCUUCUAUGUGUUUUGAUAGCUGGUAGUUUGUACGGCUCUUCCUUUGGGUGUCUAAACCACCCAACCCCAAAUCUGUGAGAGCAGCAGGGGCAUUGGAAGCAAUUGGAGUUUAUGCGGGGGUGGGGUUUCCCCAGAUGAUUCACCGGGAGGAGGGAGAUGAUCGUGCUCCUCGUUGACUCAGGUCAGACUCUUCGGAGGGGGGCAGUGAGGCAGGGGACACCUCUCUGUCUGCAGCCUGGUAUCCCAGAUACCCUGGGUGCCUGGCCCCCUGCCCCACACCCGGCCCCCUGCAGCGAGGCCCACUGGAGCCUCCGUGUCUCACACCCAGCACCUGCUCCGGGAGGUAUGUGCUGACUCCCCAGCUCCCCGGCACAGACUAUUUUUGGCUGCAGUGACUGUUCACUACAGUCAUGAAAACAGAAACUCCCCUCCCUCCCUCCUUCCCUGGGACAGCGCAGCAGGGAGCAGGGCAGCCAGGGACCCUGGGCUCGGGCCCCUCGUCAUGCAUUGCCUGUGGAGCUGGGUGAUGGCCAAGGCUACAAGGAGCACGGGGACCCCAGCACCCGUGGUGCUGCGCGGAGCACAAAGCCUGGACCAGCGCGGGCUGGAGGGUUGCGAGGAGAUCCUCUGCGAGCUCACGCUGGAUGCCCUGCUGGACAUGAACGAGGCUAAGGUGAAGGAGACGCUGCGGCGCUGCGGGGCCAGUGCCGAGGAGUGUGGCCGCCUGCAGUACGCCCUCACCUGCCUGCGGAAGGUGACAGGCCUGGGCGGGGAGCGCAAAGAGGACUCGGGCUGGAGUCCGUCGGAUGCCCGACGGGAAAGUGGCUCCGGGCCUCCCGCGGACGGCCUCUCGUCAGCCAGCCUGCCCUGGCCCCCAGGGAGCUCCCAGCAGGGCAGAGUGGGCAGCGGUGCCCAGGGCCCACGCUCCGUCUCCGUGUCCGCUCUGCCCACCUUGGACUCCCCAUACCCCUGCCCCGGCGAGGGCCUCGCGGACCUCUGUGUCUCCCUGCACACCAGCGGCCGGCUGACGCCCCGCGCGCUGCCCAGCUUCAUCACUCCGCCGACCACGCCCCAGCUCCGACGGCACACCAAGCUGAAGCCGCCCAGGACGCCGCCCCCGCCCAGCCGCAAGGUCUUCCAGCUGCUGCCCAGCUUCCCCACGCUCACCCGGAGCAAGUCCCACGAGUCUCAGCUGGGGAACCGCAUCGACGAGGUCUCCCCGAUGAGGUUUGAUCUCCCGCAUGGAUCCCCACAGAUGGUACGAAGGGACAUCGGGCUCUCGGUGACACACAGGUUCUCCACCAAGUCCUGGCUGUCGCAGGUCUGCCACGUGUGCCAGAAGAGCAUGAUGUUCGGGGUGAAGUGCAAGCAUUGCAGGUUGAAGUGUCACAACAAGUGUACAAAAGAAGCCCCCGCCUGUAGAAUAUCCUUCCUUCCACUACCCAGGCUUCGGAGGACAGAAUCUGUCCCCUCGGACAUCAACAAUCCGGUGGACAGAGCAGCUGAGCCCCAUUUCGGAACCCUCCCCAAAGCACUGACAAAAAAGGAGCAUCCUCUGGCCAUGAACCACCUGGACUCCAGCAGCAACCCGUCCUCCACCACGUCCUCCACGCCCUCCUCGCCUGCGCCCUUCCCGACGUCGUCCAACCCACCCAGUGCCACCACGCCCCCCAACCCCUCGCCCGGCCAGAGGGACGGCAGGUUCAACUUCCCAGCUGCCUACUGUAUUCAUCAUAGACAGCAGUUUAUCUUCCCAGACAUUUCGGCAUUUCCUCAGGCAGUCCCAUUCGCCGAGGCGGACAGUUCCCGGCUUGAGAACCAGCCGAAAGCAGACGCGUCCGAGGAUCACGACGUGGAGGCUGAGGAGCCCGAGGCCGGCAAGUCGGAGGUCGAAGACGACGAGGACGAGGUGGAUGACUUGCCGAGCUCCCGCCGGCCCUGGCGAGGCCCCAUCUCGCGCAAGGCCAGCCAGACCAGCGCGUACCUGCAGGAGUGGGACAUCCCCUUCGAGCAGGUAGAGCUGGGCGAGCCCAUCGGGCAGGGCCGCUGGGGCCGGGUGCACCGCGGCCGCUGGCACGGCGAGGUGGCCAUCCGCCUGCUGGAGAUGGACGGCCACAACCAGGACCACCUGAAGCUGUUCAAAAAGGAGGUGAUGAACUACCGGCAGACACGGCACGAGAACGUGGUGCUCUUCAUGGGGGCCUGCAUGAACCCGCCGCACCUGGCCAUCAUCACCAGCUUCUGCAAGGGACGGACGUUGCACUCGUUUGUGAGGGACCCCAAGACAUCUGUGGACAUCAACAAGACCAGGCAGAUCGCCCAGGAGAUCAUUAAGGGAAUGGGGUACCUCCAUGCCAAGGGCAUCGUGCACAAGGAUCUCAAAUCCAAGAAUGUCUUCUACGACAAUGGCAAGGUGGUCAUCACAGACUUCGGGCUGUUCGGGAUCUCAGGCGUGGUCCGAGAGGGACGGCGUGAGAACCAGCUGAAGCUGUCACAUGACUGGCUGUGCUACCUGGCCCCCGAGAUUGUGAGGGAGAUGACCCCCGGGAAGGACGAGGACCAGCUGCCCUUCUCCAAAGCGGCUGACGUCUAUGCAUUUGGGACUAUCUGGUAUGAGCUGCAAGCUAGAGGCUGGCCCUUGAAGAACCAAGCUGCGGAGGCCCUGAUCUGGCAGAUUGGAAGCGGAGAGGGAACGAAGCGAGUCCUGGCCUCCGUCAGCCUGGGGAAGGAAGUCACCGAGAUCCUGUCCGCCUGCUGGGCCUUCGACCUGCAGGAGAGGCCCAGCUUCCCGCUGCUGAUGGACAUGCUGGAGAAGCUGCCCAAGCUGAACCGGAGGCUCUCGCACCCCGGGCACUUCUGGAAGUCUGCCGAUAUUAACAGCGGCAAAGUUGUACCCCGGUUUGAAAGGUUUGGCUUGGGCGUCCUGGAGUCCAGUAAUCCAAAGAUGUAGCCAGCUCUGCCGUUUUUCUGACAUUGUAUUUCUUUCUUAAAUGGGUUUCUAAGACAUCCAAACAACCACCGCAACAAAAAACCAACACUCUUCAAAACGCCAGCCAUCCUCCUGAGUGCUGCAAACCAGAAGCACAAGUCCUCGGUUUAGACCGUUCGUCCAUAAAAACACUCGGGUCCCGGAGAUGGAGCCGCGCCUGCUGUUUCUUAAAAUGACAUCACCCACAACCAGACCUGUCCCGACAGACGGCAAAUGUUUACAUGUAUGUUUCUGCAGAGUUGGACUCGUUGUACAAUAGGUGAUAAUAAAAACCGUCUGUGCAGAGGUCACUGGCACCGAGGGCAGAAGUGGCCGUCCCCUCUGGAGGACCCUGUAGGAGUGAGGCACCCACACUGGUUCAGAGGAAGAAAAGCAUCGUGUUUGUGGCUGUUCCCCAAGCAGGAUGGUGGGGGGACCACAGGUUUGACCCGGCCUCUGCGUUGGCCCUAAAUUCCAUCUCCCCUCCUCCUACCGAAGGGCUGCUGUCCCUUCCUCCUCUUGCAGAGGACACCCUGACCAGGAGCCGAGCUGGAUUAUGAGGGUCGGGAGUUCACAGAGAGCUGGGGUUCACCUUUGACCUUUGUAAUCUAGUCCAUACCUGCUGGAAAAAGCAGAGACAUAAAAUCCAAAUAACAUCUGGACUGAUCCAGUGGUUCCCAGCCAGGGUUUCCAGUGCCUGGGAAGAUGUUUCUUUCAUGACACCCGCAGGGGAGGCACCAAGAAGAUGGGACUAAGGGCUUUGGCUGUUUAGAUACAUCCCAGUCCCUGACUGACAUUUGACCCCAGAGCUAAGACCUAUCCCAGCAGCUGCGUACACCGUGAAGGCUUGAUCCAUGAGAACAGGGAAAGUAGGGGGAGGGAGAAGUGGCAAGCAGAGGGUCCCGGAGCCCACCCGCCUAGCCACAGGGUGCCCUGGCCCAUCAUCAGUCUUGCCAAGGUUCCGGAACUGCCCACCUCUUCCAGCCCUCAGUCCUGUUGAAACCCCUUAGCCCACUGCUGACUCCUCCACUGCCCGUGUUCAGGGCUCUUAGCCAAGGUGGGAGCCACGUGCCCCUCCCCGCUUUCACUUAGACCAGCUAGCAAGCUCCCGACUUCAGAGUCUUCCCAAGCACCAAGUCAGGCCUCCUACUUGUGUCCCUUUGAACCAGAGGAGGGGCCGGGUUUGGGAAAGUCCAGGAUAUGACAGUGUCCUGCCUGUCCUCAUUAGAAGCUGACACCUAAAGAGAAAAGUUCCAAAUGGCAAAGAAGCCCUUCAGUGAAGGUUACGUCAUCGUAUCAAGCUCCAAAGCCAGAAAUGAUCAAGGGCGACGAAAGUGGAGAGGAGGUUGUCGUCAGACCCAGAACCCGCGUCCGCGCUCAGAGCCGCCGAGACGGGGAGGCACGUGGCCCUCCUACCCCGUUUACGUAGACCCGUCGAGCCAGGCUCCCCGCCUGGAGUCUGGCGAAACAUCGUACGAGAUGGGCCGCUUUGCCUGGAGGCUGCGGGCCUGCCUUCGUGGCUCUGGGCCAGGCACCCCUCGGCAGCCCUGCCGAGAGGGCACAGCCAGGCAGCCGUACAGGGUACCCAGGCCUCCACGGCCAUCCGCGCCUCAACCCUUCCCGCUCAGGGUGUGGGAAGGAAGACGAAGGGGCUGUAAACCAACUGGACUCAGCUCUAUGGGUCUUUUCUCCUCUGUGGGACUCUUCGCGUCUCCCCAUCAUUCCUCUGGCCUCUGGGUCAGCCGCUCCUGUGAUCUCCCCACCCAAAGCCACGUGGGGUGUGACUCCGCCUCUGGUUGUCAGGCUCCUCCCCCCACCCCGGUAUUGGCGCCUUCCCGGAGGUCACGGUUCAUGCCUCUCACCUUUCCCCUCUGAACCUUUGGACGUGCAGGUGGGCCGGCCGAGGGGUGGGAGGGCAGCUAAGCAAGUCAGGCUCACCUCACGGCCCACAGAAAGUCAGUCUGGGUUUUGCUUUUUCUCUUCGGGGCUCUCACCCUCUUGGGUCAGUUUAGAAAGCCUUCAUGGAGCACCUACUGUGUGCAAGUGCAGGGGGCCCGGGAUGGGAGCUGUCCCAGUGCCCGCCCUUAGGGGACUCGUGAUCUGCCAGGAACCCUGAGGGUGGGACUGGGGCCACCCCCUUCCUCUCCAGGGCCCCGGGAUGCCUUCCCACGCUCAGCCUGAGCCUCUGCACUGCCUGUCAGUUAAGAGAAGCAUCUGAGGAACCCCCCCACCCCAGGUGGCCCCCCUCUCCCUGUCUCUACUUAAUUGACUGUGAAUUGAGGUUAGGAAGACAUGCCACCCUUCCGCGCGCCCCCCCCGCCCCCAUGCCCGUCUGCCUUGGAAACACAUGAAGGACAGCAGAUACUGUGAAUUCAGCCCUCACAGCCAACUGUGAAAGGGAUGGAGAAGGCCGGGAGGCCUCCUGGGCGAGAGCUCGGGGGCUGUGGAGGUCCCCACGGGGUCUGAGAGUGGAGCCCAAGCUUCAACCCUUCAUCUCCCCCCGCCCGCCCCCGCCGCCACUUCCCAACCUCACCUCCAAAAUCCUGGGAUCUGUCCCUGCUGCCUUUAAACACGAGAGCCGCAACCCUUGCGUCUCCAUGCAACUCGAGGUCCUGAACCCUGAGUUCCCCACCAGUUGUGAGCGGCGUGUAGCUGACCGCUCCGUGUCACCAAAUUGAAGGUGUGUGCAGGGCCUGGAACAUCCCUCUGUCCUCUCACGGCAUUUCUUUCUGUGAUCGCCGAGGGGCGUGGCAUGCCCUGGAAGCCUCUGGUGGUAGCGGUGGCCUGUGUUGUUCUGGGUGCCAGGUGGAGACAUAAAUGUGAAGCUGGUUUGAGAGCUUGUGCGACGCUGCCUGGUCAGCCAGGAUUUCAUCCGUGUGUGCAAACCCAGCAUCUUCUGUGGCCACGAGGCACAUACUUGCUUUUUUGAAUGUGAUGUAAAAUUUGUACAGUAAAAGUUUUUAUAUUUUCUAUCAACUGCAUUUGUCUUCCAGAAAUGCUAUUAAUUUAAAUUAAAACGGUUAGUAUUAACGGACGUGCGCUAUCAGUUUUUUUGCCACUGGCAAGAACACUGUGCUGGGCCCAGCCUGGGUGUCUGGAGUCUACGAAUAAAACUGUACCAAGGUGGGGCUUCCCUGGUGGCGCAGUGGCUAAGAAUCCGCCUGCCCAUCUAGGAGAUAUGGGUUCGAGCCCUGGUCUGGGAAGAUCCCACAUGCCGCGGAGCAACUAAGCCCACAACUACUGAGCCUGCACGCCUAGAGCCCACGAGCCACAACUACUGAAGCCCACGCGCCUAGAGCCUGUGCUCUGCAGCAAGAGAAGCCACCGCGAUGAGAAGCCCGCGCACCGCAACGAAGAGUAGCCCCCGCUCGCUGCAACUAGAGAGAGCCCGCGCGCAGCAACGAAGACCCAACACGGCCAAAAAUAAAUAAAUAAAUUAAUUUUAAAAAAUA